AAUUUAAUGAUGUUUUCUUUUGGUGAGAGUUUGUACAUUUUUGGUUAGGGAAACGGUUUCGUUUGGGUGCGCUGUGCAUCUUGCUACAAAGAAGCAAAAAUGGCGGCUCCAGAGGACCACCAGCAGAAGCUCCGAGAAAUGGAGGCGGAAAUGAGCCGCUUUGAGCAGGAGAUAGCGGCCCCCUCCCCAGCCAUGCCUGCUGUUGCCCUGGCCAUGCCUGGGGGACAUCCUCGCAUGGUCAUAGGGGCACAAACUUUCAAUCAGGUUGCAGCUAGUAUUGCCACUGCCCAGGCCACCAUGGCUAUGGGGGUUACUGCAGUUCGUGUUGGACCAAUGAUCAGCAGACCAAUCACUGUUCACAGUGUUCAGCCUGUUUCAGCUCCCAUUGGUCCUGCUGUGAUCCCCGUCAGCAGACCGGUGCCGGCCCCUCGUCCUAUCUUCAUCCCCCACCAGCUGCAGAGACCCCCCAUGGUCCCUGCCCCACCCAUGCCACCCCUCCCCCCCAUGGGCCACAUCCACAUGUCCCAAAUGGGCCAUCCCAUGGUCCGACAUGCAAUGGUGGGGCCUGUGGGACCAAUGAUGGGUCGUCCCAUCGGUCCCAUGGGGGGUGAGCGGAUGCAGAUGGGGCCGAUGCCGGGACCGAUGCCGAUGCCGCGCCAGGUUCCGAUGCAGCCCCCACCCCCGCGUCCCCAGCCUGGGGUGGUGGUGGAGAGUGGACCCACGGUGUACAAACCACCCACUACAGCAACAGAACAGUCAGAAGAACAGCCCUCCACAGACCUGGUCCAGGCUGUUGAAAUUGCACCUGUCCAGCCCACAGUGGAACAGCCAGUGGAACUCCCACAGCCAGGCCACCAGCAAGCAGCCCCUACAGUAGAGCAGGGCCCAGCGGUAGCAGUGGCUGAGGAGAGCACAUCGGGACCAGACCACCAGAAGAAGAGAAAACAGAAGGACAAACAGAAGAAGUACAUCAGAACAGCAGCAGGACAGCUGUGGGAGGAUUCCAGUCUCCAGGAGUGGGAAACAGAUGACUUCAGAAUUUUCUGUGGGGACUUGGGAAAUGAAGUGAAUGACGACGUUCUUGCCCGAGCGUUCAACAAAUAUCCGUCCUUCCUGAAGGCCAAGGUCAUCAGGGACAAAAGGACGAAUAAGACCAAAGGCUACGGGUUCGUCAGCUUUAAGGACCCAAACGACUUCGUAAAAGCCAUGAGGGAAAUGAACGGAAAAUAUGUAGGUAACAGACCCAUCAAGCUGAGGAAAAGCACAUGGAAAGACAGAUCAAUAGACAUUGUACGGAAGAAACAAAAGGAAAGAAACAAGCUUGGAUACAAGAUGUAGCUAGUGUCUAGAUCCAUUGUGUUUGUUACUGUGUCAGCCAUCUUGUUUUUGACCCUUUGGGGAAGGUCAAAAAAUAGUAUACUUUCUGGCAAAUCAAAACUUCGUUAUUAUCGAUUUCUGUUAGUGCAUCAACAGUGUUAUCAUGUCCAUAUAUUAUGAUUGCCCUCAAAUGAAGACUACAUUUGUGUCUAAUCUCUCUAAUGUAUUCUGAAUGUCCUGAAGUUUACAAUAAGAUAUGAACGUUCUGUUGUUGUUUUCUGAAUCUCUGAAUAAAAGUAAUAAAACCUAACAAGCUGCAUAAAAGUGUUAUUGUUCUGAAAGAAGCUCUUUGUAUAUUGGAGGGGAGGUUGAAAAAUUAAGCUGUAACAUUACUAAAGAUGCAAUGUAGACAUGCAAAAUUAGAUAUUUUUAGUAAAAUCAGGUAUAUAUAUGGCUUUUGCAAUUGCCUAUCACUACACUUACUGCCAUUGUUUCAGCCACAAAAUUAAAGAUACAGUGAACCUUUUACGUUGACACUAUCUGUAAGAGCUGUGAACUUACUAUAAGGGAAUUUACAGCCCAUGUAUGUGGUUGGGUAUAAAGGAAUGAUACCUGUUAUAUCUUAUCUAUUUCUUUUGCCAAGUCACAUUUUUCAGGGAUGAAGGUAGAGUUAAUUCUAUAUUUUUGCCCCUUUCUAUGACCAAAAAAACAAUCUAGCAAAGUAGCUCACUCGAACCAAAGGGAGGGUUUCAUUUAUAUAUAUUUUAUGGGCCAAAAGAUGGAUAUUUUUUUCCAGAUAUUCAUGUUGGCACAUGCAGCAAAUGUAACGGGAUAUUCAGAAUUCUGGUAAUGGCUAUGGUAUUGUUGUACGAAGCAGUUUCAUUGUACAUACCUUUUUGUUGAAGGUGCUAUGGUUUUCAGCAUUAAAAGAUACAAUGUCUGAACUAUGAA